GAGAAAAAUGAACAGAAGAAAAAGGCCAAACAAAACUUUGACAAAUACUUGGAUGAAUAUUAUCAACUGGAUUACGAAGACAUUAUCGGUGAUACUCCUACAAGGUUCAAGUAUAAACAAGUUAAGCCAACUUCAUUUGGAUUGACUUCUGUCGAAUUCUUAUUAGCUGAUGACAAAGAUUUGAAUGAAUACGUAUCUUUAAAGAAAAUUGCUCCGUACCGUCCUGAAAAUUUGGUAGAAAAGGAUAUAAAAAAAUAUUCAAAGAAAAAACGUCUACAGAAAUUUCGUAAAAAACUUGAGCUUUUAGAAGAAGAUAACCCACCUAUAAGCAAAACAUGGAGUAUAAAAUCGAUUAAACGUAAAAAUAUGCAGCAAAAUCAAGGACAAUCUAAUAAAAAGCAGAAGAAUAAAACCUCCA